UCCUUUUCUCCCUGCCUCCUUCUGCCUACCUCAUACUUUGUCCACCUCUCUCUUUAUCUACUUGUCUUCUCUCUGCCUUCAUCGGCUAAACAGCAGUCCGCUUCUUUGUAGCAUCCUCACAUCCUUUUUUUUUUCCUCACACGCACGCGUGCACACACUCUCCAGCAGUCAGAGAACAGUGGCUGAGCUUGACCUUGUGCUCUUGUCUAAAAUAGCGUGACAGGCAGAAGAAUUAAUUCCAUUUAAACGUCGUUCUGCAGACGUGAGGCAGUGAAUGAACGCACGAUACGACUCUCAUGCAGCUACCAGUAGCUUUCCUCUCACUGCUCCUCUUCCUCGGUGUGAGGGGGGGGCUUGGGACCCCUAUUACAGUGGGUCCCAGAGAGAACACCACAGCUCCCUUAGAUCCCUGUGAGGGGAAACCAUGUCUGAAUGGAGGAGUUUGUAGUCCCAUGGAGGGGGCAGAGGAAAGACAGCCCAGCCUCUGGAAUUACACAUGCAUUUGCAGUCCUGCCUUCACAGGACACAACUGUGAGUUUUUUGCUGACCCCUGUGCAAGUGACCCCUGUCUCCAUGGCAACUGCAGUCGGGAGAUCAAGGGUGACGGUUUUGUGUGUGAAUGCAUGGAGGGAUAUGGAGGGGUCAGGUGUGACCAUGCCACUUUGACUUUUGACCUAAUAAAGUCUACCUGGGACCUGGAAGAAAGUCCUUCCACUGAACAUGUUACUCCAGCCACUCCUGCCACUGCUACUCAACCAUCUCAUCCAAUCACAGUCCCCAUCACCACCCUGGCAACACCCACCCUGCAGCCAUGGCAGCCAAAGCCUGGACAGAGAUUGGUGGAGAUACAGUGGUAUGAUCAAAAGAUCACAGAGAGGUCAGAAUGCAUAAGCAUUGCAGGAACGGAAUCUGCUGGAAUGAUGUCUGUUUCCAUGGAGAUUGCUGAAGAAACUGCUGUAAAGCUGGUAGUGAAUGUUAAUGGUGCUGCAGUUGUGUGGCGUGUGGGGGAGCUGGGCUAUGAGCAGUGCUCUGUAAUGGAUGGCACCAUUAUUUGGUUCCAGCACACCUCAGAUGGCCUUGUUAUUCCAGAACAGUCCCUUUCACUUGGACACAACUACUUUAUUGCUGUGCUGCGCAUUGGAAAACCGUCUGGACCACAGGUCACUGUCCGGCUGCACCUCAAAAUGAAGCCCAGUGGCUGCAUGGAGCCUGGUAGCACCUUUAGUAAUCCACAAUGCUCUGGGCGGGGGAAGUGCAUCACAAAGCCCUCUGUGAGCACAUUUUACUGUCAGUGUGAGGAUAGAUACACUGGAAUCUUCUGUGAGGAGUUUGAUGCAUGUAAUGUGAAGCCCUGUGAGAACAAUGGCAACUGCACCGACCUCAGACAGGGAGACGAAAAGCACAACUACACUUGUACCUGCCCACCAGGAUUUGAAGGAGAAACGUGUCAGACUGUGGUGGAUCACUGUGCUUCAGAGCCCUGUAGGAAUGGUGCCACCUGCACCAGUAUGCUGGAAGGCCCCCACUGUUACUGUGCAGAGGGUUAUCAGGGCAGUCUCUGUGAUGUGGUAGUGGACCCAUGUGUAUCUAUUCCAUGCCACAAUAAUGGCACAUGUUCCUCGCACACUAUGGGACGGGGCUUUACCUGCACCUGCCCAGCUGGUUUCACUGGUGCCACCUGUGAUCAGCUGGUAGACUUCUGUGCCCUGAACCCAUGUGCACAUGGAGUCUGCCGUAGCGUGGGUACCAGCUACAGGUGCCUUUGUGUACCAGGUUACCAUGGUUUGUAUUGUGAAGAGGAAUAUAAUGAAUGCCUCUCCGCUCCAUGUCAAAACCAUGCCACAUGCAGAGACCUCAUCAAUGCAUAUGAGUGUGUUUGCAUGCCACAAUACACAGGAAGACACUGUGAGAUCUAUAAAGACCCUUGUGUAAAGCUGCAGUGCCAGAAUGGAGGUCAUUGUGAGGAGAGGAGAAAUGCAACUUGUAUAUGUUCUUCAGGAUAUGCUGGGGUGAACUGUGAGGUAGACAUUAAUGAAUGUGAGAGCAACCCUUGUCAUCAUGGAGGCACCUGCACUGACCGGUCCAAUGGCUACACUUGUCACUGCCCUGCUGGGUGGGUGGGUGGCAACUGCGAGAUCCACCUGCAGUGGAAAAUGCCUCACCCGGUUGAUUCUUUCACCAACAUGCCUCGCCACUCCCUCUACAUAAUCAUUGGUGCUCUGUGCGUGGCCUUCGUCCUCAUGCUCAUCAUCCUCAUUGUGGGGAUCUGUCGUAUCAGUCGUAUCGAGUACCAGGCCUCAUCUCGCCAUGCCUACCAGGAGUUCUACAACUGCCGCAGCAUUGACAGUGACUUCAGCAAUGCUAUUGCUUCCAUACGCCAUGCCAGGUUUGGGAAGAAGUCCCGGCCAGCCAUGUAUGAUGCCACUCCCAUUGCCUAUGAAGACUACAGCCCUGAUGACAAACCACUGGUCACCCUAAUUAAAACAAAAGAUUUGUAAAGUACUGGAUAAACGCACGCACGCACGCAUGCAAAAAACAUACACAUACACUCACACAUGCAAUACUCAAAUCCAGCCUUUCAAAUUAGCUGGUGCCAACAAUUAAGUAUUUACCCUAGUAAUGGUUUAGAUACAUUAUAAAAUCAAGAACACAUAAUUUAGAUGAAUUUUGGUAUUUGAUAGAUAUAUUUUACCACUGAAAUCCAUAAAAGUAUUUAUUUCAUAUCAAGAUGUACAUGUUGCUUCGAAUGAGUGUUUUAUCAAUUAAUACCUGGAGUUAAAUUUCCAAUUUGCGGACACUAUUGUUUGUUUGGAAUUUCAGAUUAUAUCUUACUGAUUACAGAGGGGAGGCAGAUUGUGUCAGGCAAGUUUUAAUUGGGAGAGCAGCAGCAGUGUCAGUAUUCCAGGAUACUCAUAGUUAAAAGUCUUAAGUACAGGCAUGAUAGGCUGUAACACAGAUUAAAAAAGCAACUAUAGGUUGCCUUAUAAGUGGUGCAUGGAUAGUUGUGUUGAUUACUGCAUUCAUUUCUGAAAUCUUUUGGACAAUGUUUGUUUAUUUAGUGUUCUCUUUGAGUCCUGUGCCAUAAUAUUGAUGAUAAAAGAGGAUUAAAUGCAAAAGUAAUAUUUGGUUGUUUCAUUUCCCUGAAUUCAUGCACUAUUAGCACUAAUGUAGACUUAGUUUUAACAGUGCUGUGUAGUUCUAACUGACAAGAACAUUAGUCUUGUUCCAAUGUUUCCAGCAAUCUUUUCUGUCUUUUCCUUAGACACCUAACUGACAUAGCAGAGGGAAAAAAUAGGGUUUAAUUCAAAAACAAUAGUAGAUUAGUUAAUGUAAAUUAUCUGAAAAUAAAUACCAACACAGGUUCUACAGACUACGGCUACAUAGCUAAUACCAUAGCAGUGUUACUGUGUAUAUAU